AUGUUCUANGGUGCGUUCUGGCCUGAUGUUCAUAGACGUGUAGUGAUUGCACUGAUCGUAUCUCAGCUUCUUUUGAUGGGAUUGCUUAGCACGAAACGAGCUGCUCGUUCGACUCCGUUGCUUUUCAUACUUCCUGUGUUGACCAUUGGAUUCCACAAGUUCUGCAAAGGACGUUACCAACCUGUCUUUGUCAGAUACCCUUUACAGGAUGCAAUGGUUAAAGAUACGUUGGAACGCACGAGGGAACCGAAUCUAAACUUGAAACCGUUUCUUCAAAACGCUUAUGCACAUCCGGUGUUUAAGGCAGCUGAUAAUCUAGCGAAUGAGAUGGUUGUGGAGGAGCCGGAGCCCAAUAGGACGCCUGAUUUAGUGGCGACUAAACGUGGUUCAAAGAGGCUGUUGUAUAGUGGCUCUGCUGAAACCUUGACUUAGUAAUGAACAGUGUCGAUCAGAUUUUUCAUGAAUGAUAUUUUU